ACUACUCUUAAGGUAACUUUGAAGGUGGGGAACAUUGGAAGCUCUAUGUGUGUUUGAAUGUAGCUACAUUAUCGAAACAAAGCUGUUUUCCAGUCUAGUUACUGUACCUGGAUACAUUACUGCGGUGUUUAUGUUUAUGCCCUCUUUUGAAAGGUAAAAAUUAAAUCUAGUUGUAUGUUUCAGACAAAAAUGCAAUCAAUAAAAAUGAAUUGUUGUCUUUAAUGGAUAUGUGUAGAGUUGUACCAAAUCAAAUUCAAAGAAACUCGUGUACAAUUUUAAAAUGAAAUAAAACUAUUUAUACAUUACAAUAAAAAUUUUUUUUAUUAACUCAAAACCUUUAUGUGUUUAAAAUAUGUAAUUUUCAAUUUGUAUGUAGAUGGUUAAUUUAAUAAAUAUAACAAAACAAAUUAGUUGCUGUCUCAGUAUUUGAUUUUAAUAGUAUGUUGUUAAGAGAGAAUUUUAAGUUUUAAUAAGUGCUGAAAUCAAAUGAAACAAAUGAAACCCUACAAAAUAAGUGAAUUUUAGGAAUCACAGUAAUUAUAUAUAUAUAUAUAUAUAUAUAUAUAUAUAUAUAUAUAUAUAUUAUAUAUACAUUAAUAUAAUUUAUAUAAAUAAAUAUAAAAUAAAACAAAAGAAACACUACAAAAUAAGUGAAUUUUAUAAAUCACAGUAAAUAUAUAUAUAUAUAUAUAUAUAUAUAUAUAUAUAUAUAUACAUAUUAUAUAUACAUUAAUAUAAUUUAUAUAAGUAAAUAUCUUUGUUACGUACCGUUACAUAUUUUUACAAAUUUUAUCUGUUUUAAGGUUCUGGAUCGUAUUUUAAACAACGCUUACUAAAACUAGAGAUAUUAACAAUCUUCAAUUCAAUAAUACUACCAAGUUUAUAUUUUUUUCAAAAUACCGAAACAAAAGCUAUCUUGACUUACAUCCCGGCAAAUAAAAAAGUAUAAUUAGCAAAAUAUAACGCUUUAUACAUACACCCACAAAGAGUACAAUCUUGUAGAACUGAAUCAGUUUCGUAAAUGACUUGGUAAAUUAGCAAACAUCUCUUUUUGCUUGGAAUGAUGUCUGCUUAUGUAUUAAAAGGGUAUUAUAAACAUCCAGACAAAAAUAAUUCUAGAAAUAUUAUCUCAAGAAAGCACUCUUUAUAGCACAAAUUAGAGCGUAAAUAAGUUUUUGCCCAAACAAGACAGGGAAGGGUGUUGUAGAAAUAACUGACGUCACAAAAUCAACAAAUUAAAUGAUGAGAUCGUUAAUAGAACAACAAGUAUGAGACGUGAGGUGCAAUGUCACGAGAUGUGAGGUGCAAUGUCACAACAUGUGAGGUGCAAUGUCACGAGAUCUGAGGUACAACGUCACGGCUCAUGGCGAUCAAUUUAGGUCAACAGACAGGAUCUAAAAAAAUUAUUAAAGGGAAACAAAUGAAAUAAAUGUCAAACUUCAAAAAAAUAUUUUGUAAGCAUUUUAUAUGUAAAAAUGUAAUGAAAAAUCAGUAUCAAAUAUUAGAUAACAAUUUCAUAUUUACAUUUCAAGAUUUCUUCAUUUUCUUCAGUUUAAAAAAAAAAUAUAGUUACUUUAUUCAUAAUAAAAUAUAUUUAAGAAGAGAUUGGUAUUAAAUAUAUUUUUUAAAGAUAAAUUUUAACUUAAUUUUAGGAAAACAGUAGUAUUCACUUACAUUGUUGUGUAAUCCCAAUACAGAUAUGAAUUGUAUACCUAAAAUGUUUAACCAACAUUUUUAAUAUCAAAAUUACUUAUUUCUUUUUUUACAGAACAUUUUUUAAAAGUCAGACAUGCGGAAUAUAGCGCAGAUUUUGAUUCUGAUAACAAAGAUUAUAAGUAAGAAGUUACGUUUUUAAUAGAUUUAAAUUAAAAUUGUUGUAAUAAAAUAUUAUAUUAGUCGGUCAUGACAUCUUUCCCUUGUUCUUAAAAUAAUGGUAAAUAUAAUUAUCAUCCUUUCAAUUUUAUUCUUUCAGCUCUUUUGCAAGGUCAAGGCAUUAAAGUCUUCCAGAUCAGACAAGAAGACUGCGAUACGAAAUGCUCGAAUGAACUACUAAAUGAAAUUGACUCUUUUGCCUUAAAUACGACUGUGUUAUUAACAACUGAGCUGAUGAAUAACUCAGCUGUAAUCUUUGAGAUAAUGCCUAAGACAAACAAAGCAUUUGAUUAUGUACGUUGGAAAAUUUUAAUAUGAGACCUAAUUACUAUAAGUAUAAGAAAAUAUUAUAUAGCUUAAAAAAAGUACAAUAAUGAACUAAGCAAUUAGUUAAAUGUAAUUAGCAUUCAAAGACUGUGAUUUAAAAAAAAAAUAAUAAAAAAAAUAAAACAUACAAUGUAUUUUUGUUAAACCUAAAAUUUUAAUAAGGAUUAAUUUCAAGAAUAUAAGACCAAAUAUGAUAUCAUAGUAUAUUAUUUCAAAGUAAAUAUUAUAAAAAAUUUCAAAAACAUUUAUCGAAACAUCGACUAAGCGACAAUAUCAUUUAAAGAAAUGCACAUGUUUAACAUUUAAAUUUUUAAUCAAUAUGGUGAAUAUUUAGUGCGUUAUAAUAUUUAUGUACAAACUUUGCUUUUCCAAAACAUUUAAAUAUUUAUAAAGGAAUAAUGUUAACAAAAUUAAGGAGAAAUUAUUAAAAGUGCCCAAACAGAUACACCAAAAAAAAAAACAAGAAAAAAAAAAAAACAAAAAUUAAAAAAGAAAAAAAGUAAAAAAAAUAAAGAAAAAAUAAUAAAAAUUCCCAAACAAAAAACCCAAAAAAAAAAACAAAAAAAAAAAAAAAACACUACACAUUUUUUAAAUACCAUCUCAAUAUAACUAUGUAAUUUAAUUUUUAAAAAUAUAAACAUUUUUUACCCAGUUGUUUUCUGUAGAUAUAAAAUCUGACUUCACACAGACUAAAAAGCCUGGAAGCACUUACCACUGUUCUCAGAUCGCUGAUCACAUGUUUAACAUCUCCAUUACGUCAAAAACUUUAACGUCACUAAGCGAAGCGACAAUUCGAGGCCAAAUAAAACACUACAACUUAACUUCAAUAGCCCACUCUGAGCAGAAUUUACCGAAAAUAUGUGGUAUAUGUUUCAUUUAUUCCUUGACAAAAAUCUCAAUGUAUGCAUUAACCGCGAUGCUUUAUCUUCCUUUUACACAUCGAGCAUAAUUGAGUUCACUGACGCAUUUGAAAGGGCAAACGGAACAUUUAAUAUUGACCAUUGAUUUCAUUACUAUUAAUAUUUAAUUAAAAUUAUUGAUUAUUUAUCCAAAAACAAAAGAACGUUUGGUAAUAUCAAUAAAUAUAUAUAUAUAUAUAUAUAUUAAUAUGCAUAUAUUUGAACAAGUAAAAUAUAUGUUUUAGAAAGUAUUCAUUUCUUUUUCAGAACCUACUGAUGUAGUCAGUAUUUUCACAAUAAAUGGACAAAACGUAACUGAUACAGAGAACUGUACAUUAACUUUGAAUGAAGAUGAUAUGGCUCUAGAAUUUGAAUGUAUUGGUCCGGCAAAACCAUGUCUUAUAGAUCCAAUAGCUUCUGAUACAAACGAUAAAGUUAACGGAGAGGACAAAGUUAUCAUCCAUAGAAUGAUACACGAAGAUGUUCAAAUAGAAAUUGGACAUGCCCUUUGUCGAUUUGAUACAAAGGUUAUAAAUAUUAGUUGCACUGUCUUUAAAGGUAAGUUAUUUGCAAAAUUAAAGUCAGUUUGGUUAUAUUAAAGCUAUUAUAAGUACGUAUUUUCUCUGAAAGCUUUGUCACCAUUUCCAUUUCAUUAAAUGCCAAGAUUUCAGUUAAAUGUAAAUACGUCAUCAUCAGUGGCUUUAAACACAACUUAGGGCCCUGGCCUGUUCCACAACAUCAUUCUAUUCAGAACGAUCCAUGGCUUUCCGCAUCCAUGAGCGAGCCACCAUUUGCUGUAAAUCCUUUUCUACAUCGUCGAUCCAUCUAAGCAUUGGACGACCGUUGAGUCGUCUGCCCCUAGGUUUCUGUCUGUAUAUCAGUUUCGCUGCACUAUCCUUUCCAUAUGUUCUGCGCAGGGUGGUCUGCCUUUUUAUUGUUUCGACUAUGUGUGGGUCUUUGCACUAUUGGGAUAGCUCUUGGUUUGUACGGAUUCUCUAGAUAUCGUUUUCCAUCACUAAACCGUACAUUUUUUUCAGGAUUUUCCUCGCCCAUGUAUUUAGAAGGUUAUCUGCUUUUCUUUUAAGUUUCCAAGCCUAACUAGCGUGGGUCUAAAGGUAAAUACAGACGCUCAAAUCUCAUUACGUAUUUUGUAAAAAAAGCCAGAUUAUAUUAUUUUCUUUUAUAGUAACUAUCAAUUGAGGGAUAUUAACAACAACUGACUUAAUUUUUCGUAGCAAAACUUGCCAUAUUCAAUAAAUUAUAAUGCCUAAAUCAGAGCACGGUUCAUCAGUCAUAAAAUAUCAAACAGUAAAAGGAUUAAACAUGUGAGCGAAAAGUUAUCCGGAAAAUAUAAUAAUAUAUGAACCAACAAAAGGAUAAUACUAAAUAAACAGGGCUUGUAUAGACUACUCUAUAUCAUGAUCGCACGCAAGUACGAGAAAUAAAAAAAAGUCAGACUACGCUGAGCGGGACACUAAAAAGGCCAUAAGACAGAAAAAAGAAAUGGGUGCACCAACAAAAUCUCAGAGGAAAAUGUCUCAAAGAGAGAAGUAGGUUUAGAUGGAUGAAUAAUUUGGAAAAAAUAUAUACAUCAGCUGGGAUUCCAAGCAUAUAAAAGAAAAACAUGAGGUAGUCAUGAGUGGAAGGAAGCGAUGAGGCAGUCCGAAACCUUACGUCGGUUGUAAGACCACAAGGAUGUUAGGGGUGUUCUGAUUGGAAGGAAGUGGUGAGGCAGGCCAAAACACUACAUUAGCUCUUGGGCCACAGGGAGGAUGAAAUAUUAGAGGUAGUUAAAGUAACUCGACUCUCAUAGUUAAAACGUAUGCCUGCUAAUAACUCUGUAUGUAAUGGUACUUCAACUCAAGGUUUAAAACGCUUAAUACACCCCUAAGUUGAUUUCAACUGCAUUUCAAUUGUUUAAAUCAUUUUUGUUACAAUUUUACCUCGCCAUCUUUUUCAUUAAUCAUAUACGUAUAAUUUGUUUUAUAAGACUUCACACAUUAUCCAGUAAAUAGUAUACAAUUACAAUAAACCACACAGUUAAUUUAUGUAAAAGAUAGUAAGUUGGCUCGUAAAAUACUUAUUUUUUAUGUAAAUAUGCUUACGCAGUUAUGUAAAAAUGAAAUUGUUAUACAUGGGGAGCAUUAAAAAAAUAUUUAAAUGUUAAAGAUUUAUGUGUAUUUUUUUUUUUAGUUAUUAAGUGUAGAUCUAGACAAAAGAAAACUUCUUUAUAUGCUCAUUAUUAUCCAAAGUUGCUGAUAAAAUUGGUAAAAAAGUUUAACUUUGCCUUAAAAACCAUUAGAAUAGAUCUUUAAUAGGUAAAAAAAUAUAUCAUAAACAUUAUAUUUUAUAUAGUUUUUCUUGCUGUCCUUUUUAAAAUCAAAAGUGUUAACUGCUAUUAAUUUGAUCAUUUCUUUUAAAACUUUCCAGGUCCACAAAAACAUCUCAAAACGGCUAUGAUAUUAGCAACAUGCUCUGGGAUUCUAGCAAUAAUCAUAGUAUUGUCUACAAUUUUAUACUGGUAAAUAUUUUACGUAAUAAAACAAAUUAAAACAGAUUAAUAACGUAUUUUUAAAGAUAUUGACAAUCAUGCCUUUAAAAUAUAAUUUGCAAAUAACACUUAAACUUCUUAACGUAUAUUUUUUAAUUCAAGUAUUUCCUUUUAAGCCAUUUGUGUCUCUCUUUAUCGCUCGUCGGUGUUCUUUAGUUUUGUUGAAUAUAUCAGUUAUCAACAAAAAAAAAUAAUUAUGAAGUAUUAAUUAUUAUUACAAACACAUAUUUUAACUAUAAUUUGCAUUUAAUCAUUAUGAUUAAAUAUUUAAAUAUAAGUCAAAUGAGUACAUCUAGUUAUAUCGUUUUCAAUUGCCCUGACAGAUUUGUAUUAAAUAUAUGUUAAUGUUUCCCUUUUCAUUCCAAGUGUGUAUAAAGUCAUCUUAAACCUUCGAAAACCAGGUUUGUAUCCUUUCACAAAAACAAUAUAGUUGCUUCAAAUUUGAAAGGAAUUAGAAAGCAGACUUUCAAUCAAAAAUAGUUAUGAAUAAUAAUAAUUCCUUUGUAUGGUGUUGAUGACCGGGGGGAUGGGGGAGCAGCACCAAAUACACACACAGAAACACAUUCGUUGCCCUCACAUUUUUGUCAACUAACAAGCUAUUCCUGAAUAAAUACGAAUAUAGUUUCAAGUAAGCCUUUGUUGAUUCAUGACGCACCAUCUGAAAUUAUUAUUUAAGAUUAUGAACACCUUCCCGUAUUUUUAACCCAUCACGGGGUUGCGUUGCUUUAGCUAUAAAAUUAAAUAGUAUUUAACAUGUUUGCGAUAUCUAUAUAAUUUAAUACGAUAUUUAACAAUUUGUAAAAUAUUCAGUUAAUGACUGGACACAUUUAACGUUCACCCUAAUAUUAAUUGUUGAAAUUUUAAAAAAAAAAAGCAACCUUAAAAUCAGAUUAAAUGAAAAAAUAAUGAAUUUUGGUUAUACUAAUUAACUGUAAAACCAAUGUUAAGUUUGUUGUCCCUUUCAUCUAAGCCUGAGCACAUUUUAACUGUGGGUGCGUAUUAAAAAAUGGAUAAUCUGAUUACACUGUUUGAUUUAUUAAUUGCUAAAAAUUCAGUAAAUAUGAAAAAUAAAUUGAAAAUAAAGUUAGAUAUCCUACGGGCAAAUUAUUCAAAAGUUUAAUAUUUUAUUAAUAGAUUAUUUAUAUUAUAACGGAAUGAUCUACAAAAGAGAUUUCACUUAAAUAUUUACAAUAAAAUGUAUGUGAGAUGUAUAUUUUUUAGUUUUAAUUGAAGCGAAUAGAAAUAUUACUGAAAUGUGAAUUGAAAUUUUACAGCUGUUAAAGAACAAAAUAUAACGGCGACGCCUUUACACGAUGAGUCUCAGAAUAACAACAGAGAGACUACUGUAGUGUCAUGCGAACAUGGAUCAACAGUAGAUAAUCAAAAUUAUUAUAGCGACAUCCCUUUAAAUUCAGCUAGACAUCGUGGACAGACUGCUGGUAAUCAAUCCCCAAAAGGAAGCAUUACAAAUGUCGAAAUGCCUGCAAAUAAUGGGUCAGGGGAAUUAAUGAUGGCAUCUCUUCAUGACGUCACAGAUACCAUUCAAACAUCUUUAAAAAAGAGAGCUGAUGUUUACAAAUCCAGUAAGGAAAUAUUUACUAACGUUAUGUUAGCAUUAAAAGUGAUUCAAACAUAAAUAAUUAAAAUACUUAUAAAAUAUGCCCAUGACAAUACAUUCACACAUUUUUAAAAAAAUAAUAAAAAAUAACAAUAAUAAAAUGCGCAACGAUACAUUACACUUCCGCAAUAUAACGACCAGCAUCGACUUCAAAACUGGCUUAAGACCAAUGUCUUCAAACUGUAAUAAAUCGACUAACUCUCACACCCCUCUGACAGAUGGACAACGGUCGAUUCUGCCUGGGUGCUGUACAUGGCUAUUUAGUGGUAGAUAGUACCUGGGUCGAUGACGUCAUGCUUUUCAUCAAAUUUUUAUAAUUGGAUCCUUUUCUGAAAUUGCAUAGUUUUUAUGUGACUCGCAAUGUGCCUAGACCUAGGCUGAGGUACCGCGCUAUGUAGAACCACCUAAUGAUAAUAAUAAAUAAAAACAAUUUAAAAACAAUAAUACUUACGGUAACUCUGCCUAUAUGUUCGCAUCUAUGGAUGUAUAUAUCAAAACUGUUUUGACGCUAAUAAAACUAAACGUCGUAUGUGAUGGAAAAAAAUAGACGAUUCAAGAGAUUAUCUCUCUUCUUAAAAUACAUUUCUUUUACAUUAAUUUUAAAGACUACGAGGAAAAAUAAAACCUGUUAGUAUCUGUGUUGUCGUUCGUCCGUCACAAUCGACUAGAACCAUAUAGUCAUCCGGUUAGGGGGAGGGAGUUAUGGUGAGCACGUAGGUGGCUUGCCAGACGGAUCCCGUUUCGGAAAGAUCUCUGGCACCGAGGGAAGGGGGUAGUUGUUGCAGUCGUUGAUCUACUAUUGCUGUUUUGGGCGAGCCCGCGUGUCACAGCUGUUGUUAUCCUACUAGCUUUAUGAGAUUUAGCCCGAUUCUUGGCUGCUACUCUCUUAUUGGCUAUUUCCUGGGCUGUCUGCACCAAGUUAGUAGGAUUGACGCUAAAGGCCUUUAGUGCCGCGUUCAGUUAGUCUUUGUAGUGCUUUUUGGACCUCUUUGGGAGCGCUUGCCUAUCGUAAGUUUUCGAAAGAAAAUCUGUUUUGGGAGGCGGUGAUCAUCCAUACGGGAUACGUGUCCCAUUCAAUGUAGUUGAGAUUGCAUCAGGCCGGUGAAGACACUCCGACAUGAUUCCUUCCAAAAUCUACAAAGAGGAUGGACCAACGAUGACAAAUAAGCUAUUAUAUCUAUUCCAGUUCAUCUGGCAGCUGGAAACUGUACCACAACACCUCAAAGAUGCAUUAAUAAUCCACCUGUACAAACACAAAGGAAACCGCUUGGCCUGUGACAAUCAUCACGAAAUUUAAUCGCUGUCCAUUGCAGGCAAGAUUUUAGCCCGAUCCCUUCUGAACCGUCUGAAUGCAAGUCUGGAGAUCAGUCUCCUACCCGAAAGUCAAUUCUGUUUCUGAAAAGAACACGAAACUAUGGAUAUGGUGUUUGCUGCCAGGAAACUUCAAGAUAAAUGUGACGAACGAGAUAACGGAACUAUAUUCCACAUGUAUCGACCUAAAUAAGGCUUUUGAAAGUGUCAAUUAGGUGGAAUGUGGGAAUUCAUGAAAAAGUAUGAAUGCCCAGAAAAGUUUACCGACAUCAACCGUAAGCUGCAUGAUGUUAUUACGGCCCAAGUUCAGGACAGCGUUUCGUCAUCUCAAGCAUUCCAAAUAACAUACGGUGUGAAGCAGGGCUGUGCCCUGGCUCCAACUCUCUUCCGUGUUAUGGAUUCUGCAAUGUUGUCUGAUGCGGUCAUGGACUCCAACACGGGUUUGGCAAUCCGGUUUCGCACGAAAGAUCAGUUUGUAACAUUAGGAGGCUUCAAGCUAAAACCCAGGUCAAACAUAACACCAUCAACGAGCUGUUUGCGAAUUAUUGUGCACUCAACCAUGUUUUAGAAGCAUUCAUGCAACACAGCGUUGAUGUCUUCUCUGACGCCUGCAAUAACUUUAGCCUCAUAAUCAAUACAGAGCAGACUGAGGCGAUGUAUCAGCCAGCUCCCAGUAAGUCCUAAGUUUAACCCAAAAUCUUCAUCAGUUGAAAAAGUCUUAACGCGGUGGAAAAUUUACUUACGUCGGUAGAACCCUCUCCAGAUCUGUCGUCAUGGAUGAUGAAAUGAAUGUCAGAAUCGCAAAAAUUAGUGCCUUUUUGGCAGGCUCCGCAGCACUGUUUGGGACAAGGGAGGUAUCAGUCGAGAAACGAAGACCAAUGUCUAUAGUGCAGCAGUCCUCUUGAAAUUGCUUUACGGUUGUGAACGUGGACAGUCUACGAGCGUAACGCCAAGAAAUUGAACCAUUUUCACACAACCUGCCUCCGGAAACUCCUCGGCAUCAGGUGGCAAGACAAAGUUCCUGACACAGAGGAAGUCGCUAGAGCAAACCUACCUAAUCUCUGUGUAGUUUGAAGAGUAGUGCAGUCCUGAUUAUUUGUAUACAUGGAUAGUCCUACAUAUUAUAGGAAAUGUCUACUGGUUUUAUCUGAGUGAAGUUCAUUAAGCAAAAUGCGUGUUUUUUUAGAAGAUAAGCUUUCUGAUGACUUUUGUUUGGACAUUCAUUUUCAAAAUUAGUCCAUAUUUCUAUUUUAGAUUUAAUAUAGUAUCAAUUUUUUUUAAAGGGUCUUUUUUAAACGACAUUUUAAAGCAGAUAUCAAGUUAAAACAUGUAAAGUUAUUCCACAUCAGCAAAGGCCCUUAUAGUGAACUAAAAAAAAAAAUUAAUUAACAAACUUUGGCUUUAACAAAUGUAAUAUCACUUGUGUAUUUAAUUAUCAUAUUUUUGUCUAUUAUUAAACGUUGUCGGACCAGUCGUGUGACGCAACAGCCUAUCGGUAGAGAGGUCAGGCUGUGACAAGGGGGGCGCUAAAAUGUCAGCGUUGAACUAUCAUUCAUCUGAUUAUCUUUUUAACAGGGUAUAACAAGAUGGAAAUGACAUUGACUGAUCUGAUAUACAACUUUUUAUGUUAUUUACUCUUUAGGAUAUAAUUAAAUUUUUUUUCAUAUAAAAAUAAGGUUAUAAUCUAUUAUCUGCAAGAGAUGUUCAUUGAAAUAGAUAAAAUAAAGCAAUGUUGAACCUAUAUAUUUUAUGUGUUUAUUUUUAGAAAAUGCAGUGAGCAACGUGUAUACUGUGAGUAUAAUGUCUGAGAGCUGUGGAUAAAAAUAUGUAUAUGCUAAAUUAGUAAUCAUAUAAAUAUUGCAUGUCUCUUGUUAUCUAUUGAUUUAUAAAACCUAAUGCACAUCUUUUAAGUUCAAACAUGUUAAAUUGUUGUCUUAGUUUUUAACCAACAUUGCAGAUGAUCAUUAGAAAACUCAUUGAUCUUUGAAAUAAGAGAAUGAUUGCACUUGUAUGUUUCUUUAAUAUCAGAUUAGAGGAUGCAUCAUGAUAAGACAUAAUUUUAAAUCUUUCAUAUUUUAUAUAUCCAUUUCAGAUUGAAGAUAAUGAAGUUAAUUUCGAAAAAACACAAUUACUUGAUGCAAAAACUAUUUCAAAUGCAACGUUUGAACAACAAUCAAAACACGUUUUAACGGACGCCUCAGUAAAUGGGCAGGUAGAAGACAUGAAAUCCCCUUUCAAAAGGUGGCGUUGAUGUGUACAAUACAAACAGUAAUGACGAUACAGAAUUGAUAGACUCAACACAAAGCAGAAAUAAAGGCGGAACAUUUAGUAAAGAUACAAAUACGACUGCGAUUACUUCACUGUGUGUAGAUCAGAAUACAAACCUAGAGACUGCGUCACUGUUAUUGGAACAUGGUUCUAAUAGAACUGGCAAAAAGGAUAAUAGCUUAAGCCGUUUAAAUUUAGUUACACAUCGUGGACAAAAUGAUAUCAUUCAAACGACAACAGACAACACUGCAAUUGUAGAAGACCCAGCAAUUACUGGGACAAAUGCCUUAAUGAUUGCAUCACUUAAUGGCAACACUGAGGCGGUUAAAAAUCUAAUUCACCAAGGAGCUGAUGUCAACAAAUCAAAUAAUGAAGGGUUUACUGCAUUAAUGUUUGCAUCACAAAAUGGUCACACAGAAAUAGCUGAAAUGCUUAUUAAAGGAAUUGCCAGUACAACGCAUACGAAGAUAAAGAAAAAUACCAAGUUAAAAUACGCUUUAAUACAAGGUGCGGCUGUUAAUGACAAGAACGCUUACGGCAAUUCUGCCUUAAUGUUCGCUGCAAUGAAUGGACACAGCCAGACUGUUGCGACGCUAAUCAAAUAUGGGGCUAAUAUUAAAGAGAAAGAUGAUAACGGAUUGACAGCUCUCAUGCUGGCGUCACUAUCCGGACACACUGAGACAGUCAAGACACUGUUGGAUCACAAAGCCAACAUUAAAAAAAAAAACAAAGACGGUCUUAGCUCCUUAAUGUUUGCCUCACAAAAUGGACGUACUGCAACUGUGAAAGAACUCAUAAGUAGGGGCGCUGACGUUAAUGAAAAGAAUAAUCGUGGUGUAACGGCUUUAAUGGUUGCAUCUCCUAAUGGUCACGCUGACACUGUUCAAAUGCUCUGUGAAAACGGAGCCACGGUUAAGAGUAAGGACUUGGAUAAGAAGAAUGCUUUGAUGUUAGCCAUGGGAGGAGAUCACAGGAAUAUCGUUGACAUACUUUUAAAGCUUGGAGCUAAGGUCAGUUCCAGACACAGUGGCGGUGUGACGAGAUUGAUGCUUGCAGCAAAAUAUGGGCUAACUUCAACCGCUGAGACGUUUAUCAGAAAUGGAGUUAGCGUUCAUGACAGAGACCACGCAGACCGCACCGCUCUGAUGUAUGCAAGUGAAAAUGGACAUACGGAUACUGCUUACAUGCUUUUAAGAAAUGGCUCAAAUGUUAACGAAAAAGACAAAAGAGGGUUAAACGCUUUGAUGAUAUCUUCAAUGAAUGGACAUCUUGAGAUCUGUAGAUCACUCCUUCAGAAUAAAAUUGUUAAAAAAGAAAAAGAUAAUGAUGACAAGACGGCUUUAAUGCACGCUUUCGAACAAAAACAAGAUGAUGUAAUAGACUUGCUUAUAGAGCAUGGAUAUGAUGGACUCGAGAAAGAUAAAAACGGGAUGAACGCUUUAAUGCAAGAAAUACAAAAUGGCCGCAUACAUAAUGUUAGCCCUUUAAUCAUAAAAAAUGGAGCAGAUGUGAAUGCAGAAGACCUACAAGGAAGAACCCCUUUAGUCAUUGCAUCACAGAAAGGCUUUAAAAACGCUGCUGAAAUUCUUUUGAAUAACGGUGCAGAUAUUAACAAGAAAGACAAAAAGAAACGAACAGCUUUAAUGUAUGCCAUACAAAAUAACCACGUUGAGGUGGUGGAACUGCUCAUAGCUAAUGGAGCAGAUUGUAAGGAAAAGUUACAUAAUGGGUUUACCUAUUUGAUGGCUGCUGCACAGAUGGGACAAACACAGAUUGCUGAAUUGCUUAUCAAGAACGGUGUUUGCCCGAAGGAUAAAACCAUUUCUGGGGAAACCGCUUUAAUGCUUGCGUGUGAAAAUGGACAUAAUGAAAUGGCCGAGAUGAUUAUAAAAGAAGACGUUGAUCUUAACGAGAGUAAUGAGGAAGGUCAAAAUGCUUUAAUGAUUGCAUGUAAAAAUAGACAUGCAGAAAUUGCUAAAAUGCUGGUGCAAAAAGGGGCGAACACAGAAGUAAAAGAUAAAUAUUGUUUGAAAGCGGUAAAUUAUGCGUCACAAUGCGGACUUAAUACAGCUGCCAUAUUUACUAAUACAUAGACGAUUAGUGAUUUGUACACAAAUGAAGUAAAUUCUUGUAGCAAAAAUAAUUCAUAAAUUGGCUUUAAAGCACUUAAAUCAUGUUUUUAGUCUGUUAAUUUUACUCAGUGAUGGCAAAUGCUGAAUUAGCUUUCUAUUGAAAUAUAAAGACUUUCUAUGGUAAAGAGAUUAAUUACUGUAUGAGCAUUUCCGUUAUCAUUUGGUAGCGGGCUUAAUUUUUCACACGGCACUAAUAUUGAUUCUCAUGACACUAUGGCAUAGUGAAGUGAUGAGAACGAUAUAAAUCACGAGAAAAUCGGGAACUAGCUUAUAUAGCUGAAGAGGAAUUCAUGUUUUAAACAGAACAAGAGAGAUGUGGUUCUUAUUGAAGGAAGGGACAGCCAAAAAAAAAAGUUUACUAUUUGCAAACUUCUUAAUGUUAACUUGUUUUUUUUAAUAAAGC